GCACAGUCGGAUUCUGAACACCUUCACCGGCGGUACACUGUAACUGCAACUCGCCGCUCUUUUCGUACUGAGCGUUUAUUAUUAUUUUAUUCGUUAUCGAAUCGACAAAUUAUUGGUGUCCACGCGAAUAAAAAGAAAAAAGUUAUCAGCCGUAUCUUAAUAAUUAUUGUUUUUCAAUUAAAUGUAACUUAGGGCGCGCAAUCAUUAUGACGGGUUCGGACAAAGGAUACACGACAAGGAUUAAUAUCCUUUCGGCGUGCACCCGUUCCGUUGAAGUCGCCAAACACAAACGAGUAUUUACCUCGAAAAGGACGAGUGAACUCUUGGCACUCAUGGCCAUUUCUUCAACUUUGUUUUUAUUCUUACACACCAGGGAACUUCACACAAGACUUAGAACACUGCAAUCGGUUUCCAAUUCGGCCUCGUCUUCAGGGAAUUCAGCGUCUGGCUUAGAAAUUGAUGUUGAAAACUUCAUACACGACGAAAAGUUGGAAGUAGAUUUGCUAAAUAACACUGGACGUGCCAAAAAGGAACUGAUAUUUUUUAAUCGAGUCCCUAAAGUAGGAAGUCAGACGUUUAUGGAAAUAUUGAGACUUUUGUCUUUGAGAAAUAAUUUUGUUUUCUAUCAAGACCAAGUACAAAGAGUUGAAACAAUUCGUUUAGCCGAAUCUGAACAGUUGAGAGUAGCUUCCAUGGUAACCAAGUACGACACACCAUCAGUUUUUAUAAAACACAUCUCAUUCUUAAACUUUACAAAGUUUUACUUACCAGAACCAAUAUAUAUUAAUCUAGUAAGAGAUCCUGUUGAAAGAGUCAUUUCUUGGUAUUAUUAUAUAAGAGCACCGUGGUAUUAUGUAGAAAGGAAACAUGCAUUUCCAGAUACACCACUACCAGACCCUAAUUGGCUUAAAAAAGACUUUGAAACGUGUGUCCUUCGAGGAGAUAGAGAAUGCACAUAUACACAAGGAGAAAAGAGAGAAGGUAUCAGUGAUCAUAGACGACAAACAAUGUUUUUUUGUGGUCAUGAUGAGGAAUGCACGCCAUUUAAUUCAGAAGGAGCACUAGAGAGAGCUAAGCAAUCAGUUGAAAAACAUUAUGCAGUAGUUGGUGUACUAGAAGAUUUCAAUGUUACUCUUACAGUAUUUGAACACUACAUUCCAAAUUUUUUUAAAGGAGCAUCUCAAGUUUAUUAUGGCGAUAUGGGUCUGCAUAAAAUUAAUCACAAUGCAUUUAAACCACAAGUCAGUGAAGCUAUUAAAGACAUGGUUAGAAAAAAUUUUACCAGAGAAAUUGAAUUCUACCAAUUCUGCAGGCAAAGAUUAUACAAGCAAAGACUAGCAUUAAAUUUAUAGCAAACUUAAGUUUUUAUUAUAACAUUGCUGUCAUGUAAAAUAUAACUAAUUUAUUCUUCUUUUAUUUAAUUUUUUUUUUUUAAUACCACUUUAAGAUUUGAAAACUUUUCUUCAAAUAAAAAAAAAAAGAGAAGCAUGAUAUUUUGUUUAAUAGUUCUGUUAUUAAAAUUUUUCAGUUUCUUAAAUUAAAAUUACUGUUUAAAAAAAUAAAUUACAAUUUGAUCAUUUUUUUACAAGACAGCAAAAAUAUAACAUAUCAACAAGACAAACAGUUCCUCAAAUCUAUGUACUUUUCAUGUUAAAAAUGAUUUGUUAAAGAAUUAGGACAUAGUAUGUAGAUAAUAAAAACAUAUAAUUUCAAAGAUGGUUUAAAUUUUCAACCAUUAAAGGUUUUUUGACCUUUACUUAUUAAACUUUAAUGUCUAAUUAACUUUAUAAAGAUUAAAAUAUUUUUAAAGUGCAAAAUAAAUUAAGCAUAUGUUCUAACCAUUUUUAGUAAUAGAUAUUGUAUUACAUAAACUUAAGUAUGUUAUUAUAAGCCAAAUUUAUUUAUAUUAGCUUAAUUAAUAUUUGAAGAUACAAAUUAAUACACUUAAGAAUUAUAAUACUUCACAUAUAUUUGAUAAGCAUAGGAAUGCAGGUCUGACUUAAACCAAUAACAUUUAUUGUGUAAUUACUCUCUUUUAACAUAAAUAAAUAUAUAAUUUAUAUUUCAAAGAUUCUCACAAAAAAUACUACAGCUUUUAAGUUAAAAAUUUCAAAUUUUCUGUUCUGAUUACAUGAUAAAAUCCAUUUAUUUUUAAAUACUAGCAUACUUAUCACUAUAUACAUAAUAAUUUAAAAAUUAUUAAGUCAACAUAAUAAAAUGAUAUAAUUAAAAUAAAAUAAAUUAUUUACAUUACAACUUUAGAUUUUUUUCGGGCUAUCGCAUCUUCAACAGCUUUUAGCUGUUUUAAUAACUCUUCACGUCUUGAAGGUACUGCACCUUUUUUCUAUAAAAUUUUAAAGUUUAGUUGAAUUUAAUAAAUAAUUAGUUAUAAAUUAUAUAAGAAAAUUACCCGAGGAGGAGAUAAAUUUUUGAAAGCAUCAUCAUGAUCUGCUUCUAUUGCACGCUUUUUACCUUGAAUAAUUGAUUUUUCUAGAAAAUAUAUUAUAAAUACCAACUAAUAAAUAUUAUUACAAUUGUUUAUAAAAAUAUACAGUAUUACCUUUUUUAACUGGAGGUAUAGCAGGUGCAGCCAUUUUUUUCUUUAAGUUUAAUUUAAUUUGUGAUUUUUGUGCCUAAAAAUAUAUUUUUAAUGAAUGAAAUAAAAUAAAGCUAAGUGAUAAAU